AUGAAGAAAGCAAUUGCGAAUAUAUGGAGUUUUUUUUCAUGCGGCACAUCCACACCAGUUGUUGCGGCGGAGGGUGACAGGAAUGAGGCCGGCAAUCACAUAGCGACCCUCGGUGAGACAACGCCAAGGGAAUCCUACGGACCUUCUGUUCCUCUUUCCGCCGACACCGACAGGAGGAUCACGAGGCGCAGCUCUAGAAGCAGGGACAUCACAGCUAAUAAUAAUAAUGAUAAUGAUGACAGCAGCGAAACUGACAAUAGGGGCAUCCACUGGGAGGUAAGACAGUGCAAGGAUGUGUCGCCUUUCCUGGUGGACAUCACCAGAUUGCCACCGCCGUGUAAAGCCGAAAACGGUUCCAAGCCGCUAUUGUGCGGGCGUGCAGCCCACGUGCAGGAGGUGCCGCGCGGCGUGCGGCGGGGCCGCCGCAUGGCACUCGCGGGGUGCGAGAAGGACGUACUGCAGAUGAAGUCACAGUUCGACCCGCGCUACCCCGUAGACCGCGUCGUGACGGACUGCGAGCAGUUGGACAUGGUGGCGCCGACUGUUGCAACACCCACAACCGACAGUUUGCACCAUGGCAAGCCGAGGCGGCGUUGCAACACGCACCAGCGCGCAGCGUUACAGAUGUACGAGCUGUGGCAUCUACCGGACCGGCCAGACGUCGAUGCGGCGUUGGACGACCUUGAGUUGGGCUCGUGGAGUGCUAUCUCGCGAAACUGUGUCAGUGAGUUGUUCGACGACCUUGCGAAGGCAUCGUGGCCGGAGAAGUACCGCCACCACGUCGCCAACUACAUCCGGCGCAAAGGCGCACUCGAUAUGGUCGAGCUCGCAUGCAUCACCAAGGAGGAAGCAGCGCGUCUGUUCGCAACAAACUGGUGCGGCUUCCUCUUUCGUGAAACCGCUGUUGAGGCCGAAUUCCGCUCCUAUAUUUACGCGGCAGGGGGACAGAUGCUUCCGUUCAUGGCCGCCACCAUCGCUGCUCUGUACGCAAUGCUGCUGGCGUCAUCCCGCGAUGGGUUGGAGAGCUGGACCGGCAUAUUGCUCCUGUUCAUCUGUGUGUCGGAGUUCGUCCUUGCUGUCGUCAUGGAAGUGAUGUUUAUGGGGCGCAGAAGCAUGUUGAAGCACCCCAAAAGGGAGCAGGCCACACCAAAAGCGCGACGUCAGGGCUUGACAUCAAACGAUGUGCACGAGAUUGGCUGCUGCCUUUGCCUGUUUCUGGCGCUUCUGGGUGGCAUGACACAUUACGCCCUCGUCGGACCGUGUGACCAUUCGAACAUGGGCAGCGUCGCGACCGCUGUGUUUCCGAAGAAUGCCAUGUGCGUCGACACCAUUCCCGCUGUGUUCUUGAUGCCGGCUGUGAUAUUUGCCGCUGUUGUUCGCUGCCGCGCCAUUAUAAUUGUUCCGAUUCUCGCGCUGACACCGAUUUUCAUGUUCACCUUCAUCGGUGUCGUACAGCCAACCUAUGUGGACUACACAGAGGGAUUCUUUCGCCCCACGCUUGUCACGCUCAUUACGGUGUUCUGCAUCAUUCUGGUGCUUGUGGUGGAGGGUCGACUCCGUUGCGUCUUCCGUGACGCCGUCGUUCUGCGCACCGACGCCUUACGCGUGGCCCGCAUCCGUCAUGGCGUCGAGCGUACGAUGGAGUUCAUGCUGCCCAGAACUGCCUUGAUGCGUGUACCGCGGCGCAUCCCGUCCUUUGACUCCACGCCUGCUGGGACGCUUGGUGUUGUUGAGAUCUACGACUUCGCCGUGUGGAGCAACACACAGCUGCCGAAUCAUCUGGUGGACUCCAUGAUAGCGCUCUACGCUGCCUUCGAUGACGCUGUGCGUAUGUGUAAUGUGGAGAAAACUGGAGUAGUCGGCGAUCGUUAUAUGUUCUCCGCGGGCCUGCAAUCGAAUUGGGAUCCCCAUGAAGCCUGUGUUGCGGUCGUGAAGGCGGCGUUGCUGAUGCUGGGCUCGGCGCAAAGACUCAACGAGUUGCUAGACUGCGGCACGCCGCUUCAGUUGAAGGUGUGCGUCCACCACGGCGCCAUGGUGGGCGCGAUGUUGGGCGACCAGCAGAACUUCACAUACACCGUCCUUGGUGAAUGCCCGCGCGUUCUCGUGGACGUUCUUCACCAAGCCCCAUCUGACACCGUGGUGUGCACGGAAGCUGCUAAGCGUCUGUACAAGAAUGCGUUUGAUGAUAUCCGCUGGGGCGAAGUAAAGGCUGACAGCAAACGUGUCAUGUGCCACUGCGUCAGUGGAGUCUCAGCAUAUCCGUCACGUCGUGCCAGUUCCACGGUUUCAGCUUUUUGUGCCGGUGCUGAUACCGGCGACAGAAACGAUAUACAGGAUGACCAUAUGAUGGCAACGAAUGGAGAGUUGCCCUACAACGAGAUAGUAGAUGACGGUGGUGUUCAAGGUGAUAGGUGGUGCUACGUGAAGGACAAUGGACCGCCAUCAUCGAGGCACUAUAAUUCGGUGCGUUACCACGCAUUCGUGAGCAGCAGACUGAAGGACGGUGCGCAGCAGACAUAUAUUGAAAAUGCGCUUGAGUUUUUCACGCAGAGAUGGGGACAGGCUGAGACGGCGCACAAGACAUUGAUUUCAGCUCUGUGUCGUCGUUGGUGGCAACCUGAUACCGAAGUAAUGCACCCUUCUAUGCCAAUGGAUGCGGCUGUGGUUAUGAUAGCCAAGGAUGAAGGGAACGUGAACCCGCUGACGACGUGGCAAAUGCAAAGGCAUGUGGAUGGGGUAGAAGAGGCUGUUACGCCAAAUUCGACAGAGCUGCCCGUGUCAUCACGCUUGGUGCCUGUGGGGGAGCAAAAUGCAUUCACCACCUUCCUACCCCCGUCAGAAGAGUGCAGAGAGACACAGAGCCCGUUGAAAAUAUACAAGAACGGUAAGGGUGCUGACGGCAAUCCUGGAGAGGGUGAGCCUAUGAUGGGCUCACACAAUAACAUUUCUUCCUCUACCACGAAGGAGAAUAGGGAGAGGGUCUCUGAUGAAGGUGCGGAGAAUUCGCUAUUUAGCCAUGGGCUCCACCGCAACAUGCUGUCUCAUUUACGGGGGACCAAGGAGCGAGCAAUAUGGCAGCAGGAGUAUGAAAAUCGUACCAUCGAAAAGGCCUUCAACAACUUUACACACCGUUACGAAGUGGGGACUACUUUCUUUGGUCAUCUGUUUCUGAGCGUGUUCUUCGCCUUCAUCUUUCUGUCCACUAUGCUUAUGAGCGUUCCAGUGUACUAUGUGAGCGCCGAUGUUCACUUGUUGGGGUCGGGUGUAUCGGUAGACUGGCGACGCAGGGAGUUCCAUCUGGUUGGCUUUUUAUUGGGUUUUGCUGGCGUCUUCUGCGGUCUCAUUCGGAUGGUUGUGUUCCUUUUCCUGCACGCUGUACCAAGUUACCUCUCGUUCCUCGUCUUGCUUGUGGAACUUGUCGUGAUGUUCCUUUUCUUCCUCUUCGCAGCAUUCAGCUGCGCGAACAACGACUUGCAAUAUAUAUUCCUUAUCCUUCUGCUGGUGCUUCGACUGCUGUUUAGGGGGUGGAAACGGAAUGCGUUCUUUGUUCUGAUCUCCGGUCUUUUGGUGGUAUUUGGUUCCUGCCACCUGUACAGCUCUGUCGCGCACACUAAAACAUUCUUCUUGAUGUGGUCUGCACUUGGUGUUGGGUUUAUUGUGACAGUGUUUCGUCGUGGAAUGCAUAUGCGGGCGUUGUUUGAGCUGGCAGUCUUCAGCAAGGCGCUGCACCGUGCCGCUGAGGACGAGGUCUCGCUUCAGCAGCGACAGCUCUGCGGUCUGUUUCCGCGUCACGUGGUGGAGGUGGCGGUAGCAAUGUGUCUGAGGCUGGUGCCGCCCGACAUGGUGUACGCUCAGCGCUACUCGGAGCUCUGUGUGUGCCGUAUAAAAGCAUGCGGGGCACUGGAGUUGUCGUACAGUAUGAACGAUGUUUCUGCUGCCCUUGACUUUGUUGAGGGGAUUGGCUUCUCGCUGGAGGGUAUCCUCAACCGCUGCAACGCGCGUCAUGGCAGUGCGAUAAAAAGGAAGCUGUGCGCACGUAUGGCGAAGGAGGGCGUCUGCGACGAGAAGCAGCAGAGGUACAUCCAUGAAAAUUUUGCGCUUGAUCGCCUUGUCGGGAAGAUGUACAUGACGGAGGCAACGUGGCUGCUAGCGGGUCCCCUAGACGACGGAAGCAACUAUCCGACGUACAUGCAGGAGAUGGUACUGCAGGAAGCGGCCCUCUGCAUUGUGAGCGUGCUGCAGGAAGUAUGGCAGUGCGACUUGGCAAAAGAAGCGCUGUCAACGCGUGAAAACAGCCCUGCUGUGAGUGACCAGAAUCGCCACCAACAUCAACAGCAAGAACAGCACCUUGCGGGUAAAGAAAGACGGGUCGAGAAGGUUGAGGCACACGGUCCCAUGAAGAAAAAUGGUAUUUGCAUUACGGGAGUGGCGUGCGUGGGAAGCGCGUAUGGGGUGCUGCUUGGUUCGUAUCGGGUCUCCUUUGUGCUUUACGGCUGUGCCGCCCGCGACAGUGGGACAUUGAUGAAGGCCGCGCCGCGUGGCUUCAUUGGCGUCAACGAAGACUUCAAAAACGUUGCAGAGCGUGGAAGACAACCGGCGGAGGAGCCUGCGAGUGCCGCUGCCGCUGGCGCUGAGCCAGCGAUGGGUCCAGCGUGGGUGGGAAUGGGGCGUGUGUGGCGCGUGCGGGGGUCCGGCUCGCAGGUGGUCUUCCCCCUGCUCGCAACGCCGCGGCGGCAGCAGCAGCAAAGGGCGGCGUGGUGCGAGUUGAAGCCGCGAAUUGUUGCAAUGCGAAAGGAGAGGGAAGGUGAUUAA